CGCCCAGAAGCUCUCUGGUGGAGGCAGCUGGCACCGUAAGGGCAGGAGGGCCACGUGUGUGGUCGCGCUUGCCUUUGGCAAACGUCAAGAGCAGCCCAGAGCAGUCGGGAUCAACCAAGGGAAGCGGCCCAGGCAUUUCCUUGCAAGGGCAAUAGACCGCUGUUUUGCUGCAUCCAAGGACGGCUCCUUCCUUUUCUCAAAAUGGAUUUUGCAGCUCUUGAGGAGGCUUCCUUUUUAGAGGUGACCAUUGCCUUAUUUACAGUGGCAUCCAUUUUAAUUUCUAUAAAAAUGUUAAUGAAGAGCAAACAACCAUGUCCACCAGGACCUUGGUCUCUACCGAUUUUGGGGAAUCUCCUCCAGCUUGGAGAAUAUCCAUACAUUUACUUUGAUCGUAUGAGGAGGAAAUAUGGAGAUGUUUUUCAGAUAAAGAUGGGAAUGGUCCCCGUUGUGGUAGUGAAUGGCCUUGAUGCUGUGAAACAGGUGCUUUUAAGAGACGGGGAGAGUUUUGCUGGCCGACCUGACAUGCACACCUUUUCUUUCAUCUCUAAUGGAGAGAGCAUGUCGUUUUCUGUGAAGUAUGGGGAGAGCUGGAAGCUUCAGAAGAAAAUUGCCGGCAAAGCUUUGCGAUCACUCUCCAAAUCUGAAGCCCAGUCCUCGACUUGUUCUUGCCUUCUUGAAGAGCAUGUUUGUGCGGAAGCUUCAGAACUGGUGAAAGCCUUUGUGGAGCUUUCAAAGAAGGGUAGCUUUGACCCCGCUACCAUUACAAACUAUUCCGUCGCUAACGUGGUCUGUGCCCUUUGCUUUGGCAAGAGGUUCGACUACAACGACAAAGAAUUUCUGAGUGUGAUUAAGCUAAAUUCUGAUCUUAUAAAAGCCAGCAGUGUCUUCAAUCCAGCUGAUUUUAUACCAUGCCUUCGUUACCUCCCGCUCCCUGCUGCAAAGGUUGCUCGUGAGUUUUAUGGGAGGUUUAAUAUGUUUGUUGCACGCCGAGUAGAAGAACAUUAUACAGCAUAUGAUAAGAGCCAUCUCAGAGACAUCACUGAUGCCCUGAUUAGUGUUAGCAAUGAAAAAAGAGCUGAUGGGAAAAUUGCAGCCCUAUCUAAUGAUAAAAUUGUAAAUACUGUCAGUGACAUCUUUGGAGCUGGUUUUGGUACCAUGACAUCAUACUUGGAAUGGGUAUUCCUGUACUUGAUAAGCAACCCAGAAAUUCAGACUAAAAUUCAAGAAGAAAUUGAUGGAAAGAUUGGACUAAAGCCACCAAGGUUUGAAGAUCGAAAAGUUCUGCAUUACACAGAAGCUUUCAUCAAUGAAGUCUUUAGGCACACGUCCUUUAUACCAUUCACUAUUCCUCACUGUGCCAUCAAAGAUACCAUUCUGAAUGGGUACUAUAUUCCCCAAAACACUUGCAUCUUCGUUAAUAUGUAUCAAGUAAAUCAUGAUGAGACCUUGUGGGAGGACCCUUACUGGUUUAAACCGCAGAGAUUUCUGAAUGAAAAUGGGGAACUCAACAAGAGCUUGACGGAGAAGGUCUUCAUCUUUGGAAUGGGAAUACGGAAAUGUUUGGGAGAAGAAGUAGCCCGCAAUGAGGUGUUUGUUAUCCUUACCACCAUCUUGCAGCAGCUGAGGCUGGAGAAACCUCCCGAAGAUCAGCUAGAUUUAACUCCAAUAUACGGACUGUCUAUGGCACCCAAACCAUACCGAGUUCAAGUUGCACUGCGCACCUGACUUGAAGAAACAUAUGCAGAGAGGAAAGCUUUGCUUUAAGAACCCAGUGGUUAUGCAGAAUGAUACAGUGUAAAGGGACUAUAAGGGAAAGCGGGUAGACUGUGCUGGGUAGAAGACACAUGGGUGAUGUAGUGGGGAAGGGAGGAUUUUAGCUGGUUUUUAUGAUGCACUAAAAGUUAUAAGACAACAGGCCUUGGUCGACACCUGGAGAAGGGAGGGAGACAGAGAGCCCAGGCUUGGUGACAGGAUGGCAGACCUUAUCUGCCAAACAGCCUUGUGUGACCACCUGGGCAGAAAGAGGUGCGAAGAGGAGGCAACAGAACCAAGCCCAAAAAGGGAGGGAGAAGGGGGACCGAGGAGGGAAGAAAAUGUAUAAGAUAGGGUGUCUGUUUCUGGCAAGGAGGAGAGUAAGGACUCUGAUGUGAAGGCCAAGCCUGGUGUGAGUAUUUAGGCACCGUUAAGAUUUAUUGUUUUAAUCCGUUACUGGGUUCUAUGUUAUGCAUGCAUAUAUGAUAAUCCUUUUAGUUAUUCUUCCCAUGUACCAACCCUACCCUUAGUCUGAUUAAAGUCUUAUACCUCA